AUGACCACGAACAUUGUGAGUACGACCAUUGCAGGAGAGGCCCACCCAACAGAUGAUGAGCAAUAUUUAAAGUUAGAGAAGACAGCCAUCAAGAUCCAGUCAUGGUGGCGAGGUAUCGUGGUACGCCGGACACUGUUGCACGCGGCCCUCAGGGCUUGGGUGAUCCAAUGCUGGUGGAGGUCCCUGCAGGCCAAGGCGAUGGAGCAAAGACGCCGCCUAGCGUUAAGACUCUACUCCUGCCAGGAAUGGGCGGUGGUGAAGAUGCAGGCUCAGGUUCGGAUGUGUCAGGCCCGCAGGUGGUUCCUCCAAGUUCGCCAGGCGGCCUGCGUCAUCCAGUCUCACUGGAGAUGGUACAGCCGCCAGACCCGGGGCCUCAUCCAGGGCCGCUACGAGGUCAAAGCCAGCCGGCUGGAGCUGGACAUUGAAAUCCUUAUGACCUAA